UCACGCGGGUCGGGUAUAACCAAGCGGCUUGCGCGCGCUUUGCUUCUAGCGCUGGCCAUGGCUGCAGCGUCUACGCUGGUUGUUUUGGCCACCCGGCUGCUCCGGCCCGCGCAGAGCUGCAGUUUCCGCCAUCGCCCCUUCCACCUCUCGGCAGUUCGAAGUGAAGCUGUUGUCAUUUCUGGAAAGAAGCUUGCUGAGCAGAUCAAGCAGGAAGUGCGGCAGGAGGUGGAGGAGUGGGUGGCAUCAGGCAACAAGCGACCACACCUGAGUGUGGUCCUGGUUGGUGAGAACCCUGCAAGUCACUCUUAUGUCCUCAACAAAACCAGAACAGCUGCCGAUGUGGGAAUCAGCAGUGAGACAAUUAUGAAACCAGCUUCAAUUUCAGAGGAAGAACUGUUGAGUUUAAUCAGUAAACUAAACAAUGAUGAUAAUGUAGACGGCCUCCUUGUUCAGCUGCCUCUUCCAGAGCACAUUGAUGAGAGAAGGAUCUGCAAUGCUGUUUCUCCAGACAAGGAUGUCGAUGGCUUUCAUGUAAUUAACGUCGGGCGAAUGUGCUUGGACCAGAAUUCCAUGUUACCGGCUACUCCAUGGGGUGUGUGGGAAAUAAUUAAGCGAACUGGCAUUCCAACCCUAGGGAAGAAUGUGGUUGUGGCUGGAAGAUCAAAAAACGUUGGCAUGCCCAUUGCAAUGUUAUUGCACACAGAUGGGGCGCAUGAGCGACCCGGAGGUGAUGCCACUGUCACAAUAUCUCACCGAUACACUCCCAGGGAGCAGCUGAAGAAACACACCGCUCUUGCAGAUAUUGUGAUCUCUGCUGCAGGCAUUCCAAAUCUGAUUACAGAAGAUAUGAUCAAGGAAGGAGCAGCUGUCAUUGAUGUAGGAAUAAAUAGAAUUCAAGAUCCCAUAACUGCUAAACCCAAGUUGGUUGGAGAUGUGGAUUUUGAAGGCGUCAAGAAGAAAGCCAGUUACAUUACUCCAGUCCCUGGGGGUGUUGGUCCCAUGACAGUGGCAAUGCUAAUGAAGAACACCAUUAUUGCUGCCAAAAAAGUGCUGAAGCUUCACGAGCGGGAAGCACUGAAGUCUAAGGAGCUUGGGGUAGCAAGUAAUUAACUCUGAUGUCGUCUGUGUCAGGAACAGCACACCAAGCCAGUUCAAGAGGAAAACCAGGCCAAUAGCAAUGCGAUAGAUUUUAUUUAUUCUAUUUAAGUGGCUGAAAACAAUGCUUUGUUAUUUCUUGAAAGCUUCAAUGGGUGAGUGUUUGCACACAUCGCUCUGCAGUAACCCACCAGGGAGCCCGCCACUGUGGUGCUAGGUCAUGUGCUCUAGCUGAGAAGCCAGUAGCCUUGUGAUUAACAGUGGCCACCUGGUCACUUUGAGAAUGGCUGCUUAACUUUGUUAAGCCACUUCAGUUAAAAGUUGUCUUUUCUGGGAAGGCAGCUGUGCUCACCACUCUGCCGCCAAUGCUGCACGACUUUGUCUUUUUCUAGGAUUGCAUUUCCCAAGUGCUAUUCCAACAAUCAGUUGAUACUCACUUUAGGUUCCAAACCUUUUGAGUUCAACUGGUCAAACCAAAGGAAAAAUGUUGCUAGAAAAAAAUUAGGGGAAAGGUAAAAAGAAAGAAAGGUGGUAAUUGAAUAGAAAGUAAUUUAAUUUAUAUACAUAUUGAUAACCAGAAGAAUAGCUAUAUAUUAAUGCCUCCUAAGUUGUCAUUUUGUGCUUAGUCAUUGGGGAAAUGUUUGGGGUUUGUUCCAUUUGUGAUUAGCUCUUUUAUGUACGUUACAAUUCCUGAGGUCUCCCCAUUUUAGUUUUCUAGAAUUGAAAGGCUUAUUUUAUAAAUUACUCAUAUGUAUUGUCAUAUUUGGCUUUUCAUAUGUCCUUAAACUUCAUUGUGAAAUUUUUGUACUGUUGGAGGUGUCUGUAUGGUUUCUUUGGUAUGUCUGGAAACCUAUUUUUGGAAAACAAAACUUGGUCUUGAUAAUCAUUAGGGCAGCUAUGUAUAAGUAUGCAACUUACUUUUCCACCAAAGAACUGUCAACAGCUGCCUGCUUUUCUCUGAUUUCCCCAGUUGGUUUUUGAGAGCUUGAGUUGAUACUGAAUUUAAUCAGACUUGAUUAAAGGGCUUUUUUGUUUCAUUAAAAAACAACAACACUUCUGAUUGGCAUGGAAUGAGUUUCUGAAAUACUGUAUCUUCCUGUUGCUAUCUUUUUGUGACCUAAUUUUUCUCAUUGGAUGUAAUCUAAAUAUUCCUAUAGUUGAUAGCACCCAAUGCUAUGCUGUAAACAAAUUGGUUUAAACAGGUAUGGAUAACCAACCUAGUCCUUUUUUGGGGGGGGCGGGCACACUUGGGGCAUUUGGAAGUUGCCAUACUAGGGGAUGAAUCGGAGCUGCAGCUGCUGGCCUCUGCAACAACCACACAGCCACAGCAAUGUGGGAUCCAAGCCGUGAAGCCAUGUCUUCGACCUACACCACAGCUCAUGGCAGUGUGGGAUCCUUAACCCACUGAGUGAGUCUGGGGAUUGAACCUGCAUCCUUAUGGAUACUAGUUGGGUUUUCAACCCUUUGAAGCCACAACAGGAACUCCCAGCCUAGUCCUUUUAACCUUACAUUCCAACAGCUUGUGCCAAGCUGGGAGCUUAAUCUGUAAGAUUCAUUUAAGUGGUUAGUCUUUUUUUCUUUUUUGACUAUGGCUCUGGUGCAUGGAAGUUCCCAGGCUAGGAAUGAACCUGUACCACAGUAGUGACCUGAGCUGCUGCAGUGACAAUGCUGGAUUCUUAACCUGCUUCAACUCCUUAGGUGGUUAGUCUUUUUCUGAAUAUUUUCUUUUUUUUGUUUGAAUAUUUUCUAAACUAUGUGUUCAAUUUUUUUUUUUUUCAUUUUUUUCAGGGCCUCACCUGCAGCAUAUGGAGGUUCCCAGGCUAGGGAUUGAAUUGGAACUGUAGCUGCUGGCCUACACCAGAGCCUCAGCAAUGCCAGAUCUGAGCCUCGUCUGUGACCUACACCACAGCUCACGGCAAUGCUGGAUCCUUAACCCACUGAGCGAGGCCAGGGAUCAAACCUGUAUCCUCAUGGAUGCUCGUCGUUUCUGCUGAGCCUCAAUGAGAACUCCACCAUGUGUUCAAUUUUCAUGGUUCAAGUUAUACAGAACUUCUUGAUGUGCUUUGCCAAGUCUCCCCCCACCCCCAUUUAUUUAUAUAUAUAUAUAUAUAAUUUUUUUCUGUGUGUGUGUGUUUAAAGCAUUAGCUUGAUGGCACAGAUUGGAAGGUAUUUGCCAUGACACAUUUGAGGUUAGGAUAGGUCCCGUGUAUUCUGCUUGUAGGCUGACUAUUUGGCUUUCACCCAGGCAGCUUGAGGCAGAGAAAGGCAGGAACACAGGGGAGAGCUGACCUCCCUCCUCCCCCCUUGUUCCUCUGCCAUCAGCUGCCUUUAUCCUUUUGAUAGUUUUCUGGAGAUGAAGGAAGAUGAUAGUUUGCUAGAGAUGUUUUUGUGAGGUAUAGCUCCUGUUCUUAAGCCAUGGGUGCUGACUCACCUAAAUCAUUCAACGUGGAGCAAGAUGAGCAGACAGGACUAAGUUUUAUUGAAUUGUAGUUACAAGUGGGAAAAAAGUACCGACCUGCAUGGAGAAGUAAUGUCAACCUGUUAAAAGCCAUUGAAAUUAAAAUGUUUGCGUGUGUGUA